AGACGUCAUUCUCACUGCGACGACUGGACUGGGCGAUUGGAUUCAUCCGUCUCGAACACUGGCCGCCGUCGCUGAACCUUGCUCCUCAAACAACAAGUCAAUCCCGAGCAGUGACAUUCCCUCUCCGCCCGGUACAUUGUUCAAUUGAGACAUUGAUAACCCACGCCACGCCCAUCUCCUUCCACGUCCAAGGUAGCGUGUCGCUCGUGUGCCCCGCAACUACCUCUUGAUUGCCAGUCGACCUCCUCCAUCUCCGUCCAUCGCAAGUCGCUACUUUGCUGCGCUCGCUCCGCGGAGCUGCAAAAGCAAUAGGUCGGCGGCAACCGUACCUGCACCAGCACACACCGACCAUUGGUUCGUACUGAAGCAGACGAGCAUUGGGCCAUUUCAUUCGCCGUCAUCCUUGCAGCUGAUUGCCCAACCGCUACCAUGAAGUUUGGGGAACAGUUGGAGAAGGAGUCGGUUCCUAAAUGGAGCAUGUACAACCUCGACUACAACUCUCUGAAGCGCGCAAUCAAAAUCCACACGACGCGAGACCAAGCCACCGCCAUCGCAAUACCCGGACAGCCCGACAAGUCCCUCCGCGCCUUCGAAGACGGGCUAUUUCUCGAACUAUGCAAACAGCAUGACCGUGUGGAUCUAUUUGUCAAGAGCAAAGCGGGCGAGGUGGCUCGGAGACUGGACAUGCUAUCUCGCAAGAUUGACAAGUGGAUUGGCAAAUGUCCCGAGAAUCCUAGAGACAGUACCCUCUCGAAGCAGCAAAGAACGGUCAUCAAAUACGAGCGACGACUAUUCGAAUUGGGCGACGAGAUCUCGGCCCUGUCACGGUUCGCCAACGCCCAGAUCAUCGCCUUCCGCAAGAUCAUCAAGAAGUACAAGAAAUGGACUCGGUCGACAACACUCUCGGCCCGGUUCAACGACUACAUUGCGGGCAAACCGUCCAGCUUCACACGCCGAAACUUUGAGCCUCUACAGACGCGCCUCGAUGACAUUCUCGCCACGCUCCGCAAUUCGACACCCGCCCUAAGUGAACCAAGCUCCCCUUCGACGGCUUCCGAGAACAAUGCCAGCCGACCGUCAACAAGCGCGCAGCCGCACAGUUUCGAGCCCCUCCCAGAAGCCGCCAAGGAGGAGGCGCCACGCUCCAGGCCACAGGUCACGUAUUGGAACGAGUACGAUGACGGGAGCGAGUGCGAGGGACCGGAGAACGACUAUGCCAUCUACAUCAACCCAGACGAGGACACAUCUUUCGCAGGAUUGGGAUAUGUGCAGGCCAUCCUCGCCAUGCCAUUCUCCAAAGUACAACAGUGGUUCAAGAUCAAACGGGAAGGCGAACGGCAACCACUGUUGGGCGAGCCAUCCUCUAGGCCACAGACGUCUAGGCCCGGUACAGCUACACACGGAUACUUCUCGGCUGCAUCUGCCGAUUCGGAUGAGGAGGGCUACGCAAGCUCCAGCGACUUCCCCAACCAGGGCUACGCGGCACACUAUUCAUUCCCCAGCAUCGGCGACCAGAAGAUUGUCCGUUAUAGGGAAAACGUUCUCUUUUGGGUCACUGUUGGCUGCUUCAUCGGGUCGUUCAUAUUAUUGGCCAUAUCUGGUCUUUUGAUCCUCACCGGACGGCACAGGCUCCGUGUCGAGGUCGAUGCGGGCGUCACUGUCGGCGUGGCCUGCAGUCUGCUGAGUGCCUGCUCUGGCUUGGCCGCCACCAUCUACCGACGAGAUCCCCUCACCGUGUCGCAUCGCAUCAUGAUCUGGAGCACGUUUAUAGCCGCUUGUCUGCUCAACGGCAUGCUCCUUGUGCUGGUCGUUGGCAACUCACCUUGAUGACCCCCCACUUUGUUGUGUUUGGAACGUCUCAAAGUGGAUCGUAUAUAGCACUUUGUGCACUCUUUUUGCGUAAAUGAACUCUUUGACGGUUGGCUUCUUGGUACGUUUGGUUCCCGACCGGCUUGUUGUGUUUGGUGUUUGGUGUUUCCAGUUCACUGGGCCAGCGGUGUUGAUAAGAUUGCUAUAAGCGUUGGAUACCUGCAGAAGAGAGACCUCACAGUCCAUAUCGGAGUGUAUAGCAUGACAAUCUUGGAAAGUGAUCACAACAAUCAGUCAAAU